UGAAACGGGAUAGCGUUGUAUCUAGUUACUACUGCGCAUGUUUUCAGUCUAUGGUUUGUUGAUAGGAAGUCUGAAUAACUCGGUUCAUCGAUACGAUAUUGAAAGUGGAUGGUCAUUAGAGUUCUUACUCUUUAAAUCAUGGCUUACCAACUGUACAGGAAUACCACAUUGGGCAAUAGUCUUCAGGAGAGCCUUGAUGAGUUAAUACAGUCUCAACAGAUAAAUCCACAACUUGCUCUUCAAGUACUUCUGCAAUUUGACAAAGCUAUUAAUUCAGCAUUGGCACAGAGAGUGAGGAACCGAGUAAACUUCAGGGGUUCAUUAAACACGUAUCGAUUUUGUGAUAAUGUCUGGACCUUUGUGCUGAAUGAUGUAGAGUUCAGAGAAGUGACUGACUUGGUUAAGGUGGAUAAAGUAAAAAUUGUGGCAUGUGAUGGCAAAAAUACUGGUUCAAACACUGCAGAGUGAAAAAAUAUUUUCUAAUCUUUCCUGCUGAUCUGUGGCCUUUUCAGGAAACCCAUGGGCAAGACUGUUUAUUUAUUUCUUCAAUGGAGAUUAAAAGAUUCUGCAUUGAUUCAAGAUUUCAUUUUUUUUUUCUGUAGUUUCCCUACUCACCUUCUGGUACAUGAAGAUUACUAUAUAAACAUUUUUUAAUACAAAUAUGAAGUUGCCUUUUUGUUUUUGAAGUACACUGAAUAAAGUUUUAUUUAAUAAAAAUGUCAUAAUGAUAA